CAUCCUAAAAUAAAACGUCAUAAUAUAUAGAGAUUUUUUCUUCCAAAACAUGAGCAGAAGAUUGCGUAUCGAAGAAGAAAAACUUAAACAACUAAAAGAUGAGUUACAAGAGGAAGAAGACAAAUUAAAACUACAACUAGAAAGAAUAUUUGGUCCGCUGGUUUGGAGGCGUUUACAGAACGGAAUCAAAAUACAGGAUUUGCAGGAAAAACAUUUCCAAGAAGCGGUUGAUUUAAUUCUGGAAAAUUAUAUGCAGGAAGAUAUUCUCUUUCGAAAUACUACGAUAAAAAAUGAUUUGGCAUCGCAAAAAUCAUUUGCGGAUAGACUAAUUUUCAAACUUAAAGACCGUGCAUCAAUUAUGGCUAUCGACGAAGCAAACGAAGACUGUCUAGCUGGAGUUUUAGUAUUGAACCCUGUUACAAAAUGUGAUUUUGGCCGUGUGUACAGCAGAACGAUGCUCGUUGAAGGAAAAGCCUAUAAAAGUAUAACAGACUUCAUGAAUUACAUUAACAGAAAAGUGGAUGUUUUCGACCAAUGCCAAUGCGACAUAUACUUGCGAUAUUAUCUACUCUGUAUCAGAUCUGACUAUAGAAAUAAAGGACUGGGUUAUCAGAUGAUGCAGGUUGGUAUUGAUAUAGCUAGACACUUAAAAAUCCCAAUCGUAAUGGGCGUCUUCAACAAUUAUAAUUUGCAAAAGAUUGCGAAAAAAAUUGGUUUUAAUCAGAUUCUUUUUGAAUAUAAAUAUGUAAAAUGGUCUGACAAAAAUGGAGAAUUAGUUUUUUGCGACCCUGGCCCUGGAAAUUACACUUGUAAUGUUAUGGCCGGCAUAGUGCCACCACCUCCUGAACCUGAUCCUGUGCCAUCGGCAGAAGAAAAAGCUUCAAAAGCAAAAGUUACGAGAUCCGAUAAGAAAAAACAAAAACUGAAAAACUAAACGACGACAAUUAAUAUUUUUUAUCCAUAUGAUUUAUAAUAACUAAUUUAAAUUUAUAAUAUGAUACCUUCGCCAUAUUGUCAUUAAAAUUUAUUCCUUUCCAUGCGGAGC